AUGGAGACUGAAGCUGGCAAAUGGAGGAAAUUCAGUGUAUAUCGUUUCAAGUACUCUGCCCUCUUCCUCCUCCUGGUCGUGUCCACCGUGUUCUUCCUGCAACGUAACAUCAACGUGCUGAAGUUUCAGAAUAAAAUCACCCCCACCACUCCUGUCCCAAACCGCCAACACAUCAACUGCAGCCACCAGCAGCUGUCGCCUGAGGAACGCCGCCUGCUGGACUCCAUCGCUUGGCCUGAAACCCCUCGCCUCCCUGUGCCCAUAUCCCUGAGCACGGCCUCUGACCCCGCCCACAGCACCUUCACAAUCCUGCCGGUGAGGGCAGGAGGUCAGUGGCAUGUAGGCGAUGAGCUGGAGGCUCUGAUCCAAAUUUGUGAUUUCCAGGGUCGACCAAAACAAUUCGGGGGAGAUUUCCUGGUUGCUCGCCUGCAUGACCCGGAGCUCGGUGCAGGCGUGGCCGGGCGAGUGGUGGACCACCUGAACGGCUCCUACACCGCUGUGUUUCCAUUACUCUGGGAGGGACAAGCACAAGUUGAGGUGACACUGGUUCACUCCAGUGAGGCCAUCACGGUUCUGCGUAGGCUGACCACGGAACAGCCGGGCCGUGUUUACUUCAAGAGCCUCUUCCAGUCCGGCUCUGUCUCUGAAACUAUGGUUUGUAACGUUUGCCUGCCUCCAACCCAGCCUCUGUGCAACUACACCGACCUCCACACGGGGGAGCCGUGGUUCUGCUACAAGCCAAAGAAUCUGAGAUGCGAUACCAGGAUCAACCACUAUAAAGGAGGCUUCAUGCAAAAUCUCAUGACCAAGGAGGAUACACUCUUUCAAAGUGGGGUCAACAUGAAAGUCUUCAUUAGUGCAUCAGGAUCGGACAACGUCACUGUGCUGCCAAAGGAGCAAGGACAACCAGAGGUGAAGAGCAGCACCGUGAAGCCUGAACCUGUUGGAUAUUACUACCAGGGUGCAUGGCGAGCACUAGGGGGCACCACAGUUCAUCAGUUCAACAACCCCUCUGCCAUCAGCCAGUGUCUGACAGACAAGGUGGUGCACCUGCACGGCGACUCCACCAUCAGACAGUGGUUUGAAUACCUCAACAGUGUGCUGCCAGACCUCAAGGAGUUUAACCUGCACAGCCGGAGACAAAACGGACCGUUCAUGUCUGUGGACAUGGCACGAAACAUCUUGGUGAAGUUUAGCUGCCACGCCCCUCCACUCCGUUUCAGCAGCAUCCCAACCAAUGAGCUGCACUACAUCGCCAACGAGCUGGACAGGCUGGUCGGAGGCUCCAACACUGUUGUGGUUAUUGGCAUCUGGUCUCACUUCAGCACUUUUCCCAUUGUGCUGUACAUGCGGCGACUGCAGAGCAUCCGCAGGGCGGUGCUGCGGCUGCUGAACAGAGCUCCCGGCACGCUGGUGGUCAUCAGGACCGCAAACCUCAAGGCCUUGACGCUUUCCGAGACGCUGACCAACAGCGACUGGUACUCACUACAGCGGGACAAGGUGCUCCGGGCCACGUUCAAAGGGCUGAACGUUCGCCUGGUGGACGCCUGGGAGAUGUCGCUGGCCCACCACCUGCCCCAUAGUCUUCACCCACAGACCCCCAUUAUCAAGAACAUGAUAGACAUUGUCUUGUCCUACACAUGCCCGCAAAAAAAUGGCUAA